CGCCUCCUCCCCGUCAGAGGUCCGCCAAGAUGGCGGCCGGCGAAAGCGACGACGGGGAGGAAGAGCUGGCGAGUUUUGGCACCCCUCUGGAGCCGCUGGAGGAGGGUGAACGAAUUAAGAAACCUAUUCCUCUGCAAGAACAGACUGUCAAAGAUGAGAAGGGGCGGUACAAGCGUUUUCAUGGAGCAUUUAGUGGUGGCUUCUCUGCUGGCUACUUCAACACUGUGGGCUCAAAAGAAGGAUGGGUACCAUCAACCUUUGUAUCAUCCCGUCAAAACAGGGCAGAAAGAAAGGUUCUGGGACCAGAAGAUUUUAUGGAUGAAGAGGAUCUUAGUGAAUAUGGGAUAGCACCAAAAGAGAUUACAAUUACAGAUGAAUUUGCUUCCAAAAGCAAAGAUAAAAUAAAAGAGAAGGCUAGGCAGAUUGCAGGAGUUGCUGCCCCUAUUCCUGGAGCCACCAUGUUGGAUGAAUUUAUAGCACCUGCAAAAAUAACUAUUGGUAUUGACUUGUUACGAAAAAUGGGCUGGAAAGAAGGGCAAGGAGUUGGACCUCGAAUAAAAAGAAAACCACGCAAACAAAAACCUGAGCCUGAAGUGAAAAUAUAUGGAUGUGCUUUGCCUCCAGGAUCUGAAGAUUCAGAGGAAGAAGAGGAUGAAUAUCAGCCAGAAAAUGUGACAUUUGCACCCAAAGAUAUAAUGCCUGUGGACUUGACUCCCAAAGAGAAUGUUCAUGGACUUGGUUACAAAGGUCUGGAUCCCACCAAAGCCUUAUUUGGAGUUUCAGAAGAAAACUUAAACCUUUUUAGUUCCAGUUCUGAAAAUUCAGCUCUGCUUGGUGACUUGCAGCUUGGUAAAGGACGGAAACUUGGUAUUUCAGGACAGGCUUUUGGUGUAGGAGCUUUGGAAGAGGAAGAUUGUGACAUUUAUGCUACUGACUCACUUUCCAAAUAUGACACGGUUCUGAAAGAUGAGGAGCCUGGAGAUGGGUUAUAUGGCUGGACAGCCCCAAAGCAGUAUAAAAGCAGGCAAGAAACAGAGAAAGAAUUGAAGUAUAUUGGGAAAACACUGGAUGGAUUUUCGCUGGCAUCUAAGCCAGUAACCCGCCAAAAGAUUUAUCUGCCUCCUGACCUGCCAAGGGAUUACAGACCAGUACACUACUUUCGACCUGUGAUAAAAACUACUGGUGAAAAUUUACAUUUAGUGCAGACAUUAGCAGAAUCCACUGGGAAGCUUGAGAGUGACGGGGCACUCCAAGGCAGGCACCAAAAGACUGCGUCCCAGAGGAGGGAACUGCUGGGCGAGGCUAGUCUUCAAGGUCCAACAACUUCUGUUCUAGAGUAUUUGUCAGAUAAAGACAGAGAGAGAAUCCGAGAAGUGAAACAGGCAGCAGAACAGCGAGUAAAAGCUCCGGUGCUGCCUCAGCAGCCCUCACACAACAGAGUAACGGCGCCCACAUUAUACAGUGCUGCACAGCAGUGGCCGUUAGCCUUGGGAACCCAGCUGGGUGCAACUGGUUCCGGUAGCUUCAAACCAUUUGCAAAGGAUCCAGAAAAACAAAAGAGAUAUGAAAAUUACCUAGAAAGUCUUAAACAUGGAAAGAAAGAUGAACUGGAAAGCUGCUUGGAUCCAGGUAUGACAGAAUGGGAGCGUGGAAGAGAACAAGAAGAGUUCUCUCGCUCCGCACUGCUCUACAGAUCCUCCAGCUCUGUCUUAGCUUCAAGGUUUACUCCUGCAAAGCAUGAGGAUGACACUGACAAAGCAGAAGUUCCUCGAGAUCAAGAGACUGAUGUUGCUGACAAAGAGGCUGCUGCUAAGAUGAAGAUGUUUGGCAAGCUCACAAGAGAAAAGUUUGAGUGGCACCCUGAUAAAUUAUUGUGCAAAAGAUUUAAUAUUCCUGAUCCCUAUUCAGAGUCAUGCAUUGUUGGAUUGCCCAAAGUGAAACGUGACAAGUAUUCUGUAUUCAAUUUUCUGAUGGUACCAGAAUCCACAUCUAGGAUAGUCAGCCAGCCCGCAAAAGUAGGAGGGCAACAAAAUAAUACUCCGAACAAGCCAAAGAAGCCAUCAAGAUGGGAUGUGUCUGACAAAGAGAGAAAAAAAAAGGAUGCCAUUAGCGAGUUCAUAAGUUUGGCUAGAUCAAAAGUUGAUGUUCAGGAGCAGCCUGCAACACCAGCCGAAGCAAAAGGCAAACAUAGCACUGAUGAAACUAUUUCUGCUGAGACAGUAAGUGAAAAUACUGCUCAGAAUGAAGAAGUUGGGGAAGAAGAAAGCAGGCCAUCAAUGGAUUUAUUUAAAGCUAUAUUUGCCAGCUCCUCUGAUGAAAAAUCGUCUUCAUCUGAAGAAGAGAGUGAGGGAGAAGAGCAAACAGCAACCAUGGCAGAACCAGAUCCUGAAAAUGUGAACUGUCCUGCUCCAUCAGCCGAUGUUCAAGAAAGUGAAGUUAUCACACCUGAGCCUUCCAUAAAUGUAACUCUGUCUUCAAAGCAAGCUGAGCAAGCUGAUCAAGUGGAGGAAUUUGGACCAAGACUGCCUCCAGUUGUUUCUUCUGUCACUCCUUUGAAGCAUGGUGAAAUACAGCUUGACAAUGUGAAGAAAGAGAAACCUAAAAAGAGCAAAGAAAAACAUAAGGCCAAGAGAGAGCACAAACACAAAAAGGAAAAGAAAAAGAAACACAAGAAGUCCAAACACAAGGGUAAACACAAGAAUAAGAAAUUUGAGAAAAACAGUGGUUCAGACUCUGCUGGUAGCAGUGACAGCAACAGUGAGGAAGAGACUACAGAUAUAGCACCACAGGAACUUUUAAGAAGGUUGAAACAUCUUCCACUUGUAAAGCGGUAGCAUGGAUUCUUGGAUACCCUGCAUCCUUUGGUCUCAAAACAGAUCUCCUCUAUGAUGGCAGAUCCACCAUAUAAAGCAUAUUCAGAUGUGCUGUAUAUACUGUAUUUAUGUUGGGUUUGGUAGCAUAAAAGCAUGUGUGCUGAUUUUAUAGUCUUAGUUAAAAAUCAAAACAUAUUGUAAAACAGAAAGCAGUCAUAAAGGUCUUCAUUUUGAUGAAGAUAAUAAGCAUGAACAUUUUUUAAUAAAGUCUAGUUUACUAAUCUUCCA